AUGCUCUAUCAAUAGUUUAAAAGUGAGGGCAAAGUUUUUAUAGAACCUUUGAGGAGUGAGAUAUCUUUUAAUCAGAAUUAAAGUAUCAUUGAUUUUCAUGCAAGUAAUCAUCUGCUUGCUACAAAGAUCAGAUUAUAAUAUAUUACAGAAAUCUCAGAGAACGUAAGUACUUAAACUUAGAUUAAUGGAAACGAAAACUUAAAUGAAUUAGCAUUCGCAUAUUUUAAGUAAAAUCCUAAAGUGAUUCAGAUUAAUGAUUUAAUUUCAAUGCAAAAGGAUGAAGGCUAUAUUAUUCUUAAGGUAAUCGAGAUAGAAUAUAAAGAAAAUGUAAAGCAACUCUAUUCUAAAGUGCUUGAUCUUAAAGAGCCACAGAUAGAUAAAUAUCUUUCCAAAUUAGAUCAUCAAAUUGCAAAUGAGAUCUCAUUUAAUAAAUACUUUGGAUAUCUCGCUCACCAUUCAGCUCUAACUUCAGUUGAAAUCAUUCACACAAGCAAUACUGAUAAAAUUGAAAUGCCUAGAUAUUUUUUCAGAAAUCUAAAUAAGAUUUGCAUUCUAAGAAAGUAUCAAAUUUUUAAGAAAACUAGAAUAGAGUUGAAUUAGUCUUUGCAUUGCUAAUCAGGAGAAUCAAGAAAGAUUAAUAUGAUUCAUUUAUUUGGUUAAUCUGGAUGUGGUAAGACAACCAUGCUUAGGGAUUUAGCAGAUAAAAAUGGAAUUCUUUAUAAAGCUUUUGACUGUUUAGAUUAUUACAACAUUAUUCAGUUGAAGAAAUUGAUUACCGAAAUUAUUUAUGAUUUAUCUAUUCCUUUCAAGGGGGUAUUGAUUGAGCUUAAUAACUUUGAUUAAUAUAAGCUCUUGAUUGAUUAAUUUUCAUAAGGUGGCAGCAAGUCGAAAAGAGAUCUUACUGAGAUGAGAUUUUCUUAGGCUUUUGAAGAAUCAUUAAACGAACUAUAAAGCAAGAUAAGUGAUUAAACUUAAAUUACUCUAGUCUUCCCUACUUAGAAGAAAUCAGAUAUAAGUGAUAUAUUUGCCAAACUGAUCAGAAAUAAAAUACAAAUCCUAAACCCUGAGAAGUAGGAUAGAGAUGCUAUAGUAAGAUGGAUGCUUGAAUUUGAUUCAAAGUUAAAACUUGAUAUAGAGAUAAUUUUGAAGUUAAAUAUCAAUGAGAUUGCAAAAUAUCUCCAGGGUAAAACUGUUAAGGAGAUUAGGAACACUUUGAUAAAGAUUUUGAAGAGCAGAAAUGAGCUUAAUAAUGAUAUAUUGAUGAAAAGGUUAUAAGAUUUGGAAAAAUAAAGAAAGGCUUUCGGUGAAAAAUCUGUUAGAAUACCAGAAGUUAAAUGGGCCGAUGUUGGAGGACUAGCAAACGCAAAAGAAGAUAUACUGUAAACUAUUAUGUUGCCUAUUGAGAAACCACAUUUAUUCAAAAAUGGAAUCGCCUAAAGAUCUGGUUUAUUAUUUUAUGGGCCACCUGGCACAGGAAAAACAUUACUAGCCAAGGCUAUUGCUACCGAGUGUCAAAUGAAUUUCAUAUCAGUUAAGGGGCCAGAGCUAUUGAAUAUGUAUGUUGGUGAGUCUGAAAAGAAUGUAAGAGAAGUAUUUGAAAGAGCAAGAGAAAAUCUGCCAUGUAUUAUAUUCUUCGAUGAGUUGGACUCAUUAGCACCAGCUAGGGGUAAAGGAGCGGAUUCAAGUUAAGUUAUGGACAGAAUUGUAGCUCAGCUAUUAACAGAAAUAGAUGGACUUGGCAAAAAGGGUGGAAUGUUUGUGAUAGGUGCUACUAAUAGGCCUGAUCUACUUGAUAGUGCAUUAUUAAGGACAGGAAGGUUUGAUAAAAUGAUAUAUCUUGGUGUAGCCAAAACCUCUGAGGAGAGAGUGAAAAUUAUUCAAGCUUAGACAAGAAAUCUAAAACUAGAGGAAGGCAUUGAUCUUAAUCUAAUAGUCUAAAAUAUCCCAGAAAACUUUACUGGCGCUGAUUUUAGUGCUCUAACAACUGAAUCCUAUAUGAUUGCAGUCAAAGAAAAGAUUGAAGAUUUGGAAGUUAGCAUUAAAAUAUUUAAGCAAGAAAAUAAUAUCCCAGAUUAGGAUGAAAUCUUACCUGAAACUUAUCUUAAGUUGAAGUAUGGAGAUGAUAAAAUUGCUUAAGACAGAGAAGCUUAAAUCUUAAUUAAAUAGGAUCAUAUGAUUAGAGCUCUAUCUAAAAUUACACCCUCAAUAUCUUUAGAGGAGCUGAGAAAGUAUGAGGAAUUAAGAGAUAAAUAUACUGCUAGUGAAAGCUGA